CUUAAAAUAAGAUAAGUAUUUUAUUGUUUUCAAAUUUUUUAAAUUCGCAAGUUUCCGGCUGCUCGAUGUUAUAACCAGAAAACAUUUGUUAACCAGCAGGUUGCACUUUCCCGGUUUGCAUAGCUGCCAAACGCGUCUCUUUCGCGUCAGCCAGCAAUGCCAGUGUUCUUGCGCAAUGUUGUCAGCAGUAUCUUUCGUAGUCAUUCCAAGGGUUGUGCUUCCGUAUUAACAUCUCUUCCAGUUUGUACUCAAAGCUCAUCAAUCCAUUCAUUGUCUUCUUCCAUACUGUAUCGAUCUGAGUCGUCCCCUGUGUUAUCCGAUCAUGGAAAGCGCGAUGGACGGAGACGGGGUGUGUGGCGAACCCAGCGUCGAUGCAUCGGCGGUGAAGCGCCUGUUAAACCUCCGCGCGAAGAAUUCCCUUACCCCCUCAAGUACAUUAAGGUGCGCACCAUGGAGGGGCUGUUCCAGCAGGAGAUGGCGGAGGGGGGCGGGAAGACGCCGCCCCUGGGGCUGGUGUUCAACAUCGCCUAUGUGGACACGGGAUUCCCUGCUGAUCGAGGCGAAUUCGAUCCGAACGUCGAUGAGAACGGGAGGCGGACGAUCAACCCGACAGUAUUAUGCGUGCAUGGCGCCGGUGGAAACCACAAGGACCACGCAGCCGUCAUCAAAGCCCUGGCAGCCCGAGGAGCACGCGUGCUGGCUCCCGUUUUCCCCGGGUUCAAUGGACCAACGGCCAUGGACGCCACGGAGAUGUAUACGCACACUCUGGAGGAAAACGUCCAUUUUCUAGUGGACUUUCUGCGUGAACUGGGUGUCACCAAACUGGAUUUAGUUGUCGCAUUCAGCGCCGGAUGCCAUGCAGCGGUGCCGCUGGCUAGUCGGCAGGUAUUCGAUGUCCGCGGCGUGGCACUCCUGCAGAUUCCGGGACAUCGGGUUUAUAAAGGUCUAGAGCCGUAUCGGAUAAAAAAGUUUUUCAUUAAUCUGAUGGCAUGGAAAUUUGUCCGACAAUUAUUGGCCCCGGUGGCAUUUUUGGGAUUUGGUUUAUUUGGUCGUGGGCGUCGCUUGACUGUUGACCAGAUGUACGUCAUGGGACAGACCGGCUAUGGCGUUGAUUUUGCCGUUUACCAAACCUUCGUGGGGGAACUGCUCUUUAGCAAACUGCCCCUUCUCGUGACAUUCAGUGAAGACGACGAGUACGUGGAAUCGGCCGUCUCCUACGAGUUCACCCGGUUUCUGAAUCUCCGCCCGGAAGAACUGACCAUCCACGACGCGGAGGGAGGUGUCUUUAGGCAGCGCCACGAGCACGGCGACCGGGAGCAGUACAUCCGCUGUCUGGUCUUCCAGAAGGGCGGCCAUUUCGCCCAGCGACGCCCGCCCACCGUGGGACUGAUUGUGGACGCGGUGGAGGAGCUGUACGCGACGGUUAUGGGAGAGAAUCGCCGCCGACAUCAGGAGAUGCUGACGUUUUACGAUGACCGGCCCUUUGGCUAUCUGCCGCCGCGGCCCAACGCCAAGCUGAUGCUCAAGUGAUGUGCCUGGUUUCCCGGUUAAUUUUAUGGCGUUGACAUUGGAUGUUUGUCGAUAUUACGGUUUUGCCUCGAUCGUUGGACUUUAAAGUUGUCUGACUUCUAAUACGUCGCAGUGAAAUUUGAUUUCAAUAGUAGAAGUUUAAAAAGAAUGGGAAUUGUUUAGUACAAAUAAAUUAUCUUGAAGAUUUUUGCCAUUAGUGUGAUUAUCAUAAACAGACCACGUCCAUGCGUCUUACAGAAUAAUUUAAAGAAUGCGAACGAAAGCCUUUUUGGUGGUGUAAAGUGUGUAUUUUGCCACUAAUUUUCUGUGC